UGGUGUUAUUUCAUUCUCUCUCUUAACCUGUGUCUUCCCCAUUCACGUGCCUGUGGUAACCACACGUCUUCGCAUUUCUCUUCCUUCUCUCGUCUCGUCACGUGAAGGGGUUGUUUUCUGCAAAAGGAGGCAAUGGACUUCUUUUUCAAGGGAAUGAGUGGUGAUGGAUCCGAGUGUCCCUUUGACGCGAGCGACAUCCAAAGAUGCCCCUUUUUGAGAAACAUUAAUGAGCCUGCAAAUUUCUGUUUCUCUUUGGGAAAAGUCUCCAUUCCUGUGCACGGGGCUAAGGGUCCGAUAUUUGAGGAUGGUCCUAGUUUUGAUACAGCAUUUAAGCUAUUUCAUGGGAAAGAUGGAGUUGUUCCUCUCUCUGAGAGAUCUGACUUUUAUGAUGGAAGUGCAGCAGCUGAUUCUGUGCCUGUUUUCAAUCCUUUACCUGGAAAUGCUGCGACCAUAAGUCUGUCAGCCCUUGGACUAGGUGGCCCAUUUGGCUUUUGGAAUUUUUCCGAGAAAUGGAAGAAGCAGAAGAAUUCAGAAUCAUCAAGUAAAAAAGAACACUCCUCUCAGAAAGGAGAUGUAUCAAAGCAUGAAGCACUUGGAAAUGAAUGGUUGAAAAGUGGGAAUUGCCCAAUUGCCAAGUCUUAUAGAGCUGUAAGCCGUGUCCUCCCUCUUGUUGCAACAGCUUUUAAGCCACCACCUGGGGUGAAUCUUAGAUGUCCUCCUGCAGUUGUUGCUGCAAGGGCUGCCCUUGCCCGUACAGCCUUCGUUAAAAACUUGCGUCCUCAGCCUCUUCCUGCAAAGAUGCUUGCUAUUGCAGCGUUAGGCAUGGCACUCAAUGUGCCCUUGGGCAUGUGGAAGGAACAUACCAAGAAAUUCUCGUUAUCUUGGUUCGCAGCUGUGCACGCCGCUGUUCCGUUCAUAGCCAUGCUUCGGAAGUCAGUGUUAAUGCCUAAAUCAGCAAUGGCAUUGACCAUUGCAGCUUCCAUCCUUGGCCAGGUAAUUGGCUCAAGAGCCGAGCGUAUCCGGCUGAAAGCAAUAGCUGAGACAGGAAAAGUAACAACAGUGGAAGCAAGCAGCAUGACAAGUUAUAAUCCCAGGAAGAUUGAUGAUGCUAGCCCUAGUCUCUGUGGUACAGAAGGGAUGGUUCUCUACUCACUCCCUGUGAAGGAUGCUGGUUCGUCUUCAACUGCCAAUGUGUGUUACUGAUUUGUAAAGAAGGAAAGAAAUCAAUUCUUGUUUUACUUUGAAUAAUAUUGAUGAACUGAGUUGGUAAUAAGAUGGGUUGAUAUAAAUAAAGCUGUAUGUAUGUAUAUGAACAGAAAUUAAGAUAUGCAGCUACUAUCCAUGAACAAAACUGGCUGCACAAUUGAUCACUAAAUUCUGAUAAAAAUUUGAGUUUGUUUUAAAUUA